GCGAGACGGGCAGCCCGGCCAGCUGGGAGGCGAGCUCAUUCCCAGCCGGCUCCCCAGGCCGCCGGAGCCGGGCAGCGCGCGAGGCUCUGCCUGGGAAGGACAGGCGAGGUCCGCGGGCUCUCGGGCGCCAGGAAAAGCCGGGAUCUGACCACGGGCCCCUCGGCCCUGCAAGGCCGCCGCGCCUCCGCGAGGCUGCGACAGGGACAGAAGCUGGCUGCCUGGGCGCUCCUGUGCGGGCGGCGCGCCGGGCGGGGAGGCAAGAGUCGCCCAGCUGUCGCUCGGCGGUGCAUUAUCCGGGCCGCCGCGGGUGCGAGGGCUGCGCCAUGCGAGACGAGGACAAGGGCGCGCUCGGCGGUGGCGGCAGCGACGCGGACCUGGCCAACGCCGCGGCGCGAGGGCAAGUGGAGAAGGUGCGGCAGCUGCUGGACGCCGGCGCGGAUCCCAACGCAGUCAACCGCUUCGGGAGGCGCCCGAUCCAGGUCAUGAUGAUGGGCAGUGCCCCUACGGCGGAGCUUCUGCUGCUCCGUGGCGCGGAGCCCAACUGCGCGGACCCCGCCACGCUCACCCGACCCGUCCAUGAUGCCGCGCGGGAGGGUUUUAUGGACACACUGGUGGCCUUGCACCGGGCUGGGGCGCAGCUGGACGUUCGUGACGCCUGGGGCCGCUUGCCCGUGGACCUGGCUGAGGAGCAGGGCCACCGUGACAUCGCAAGGUAUCUGCGCGCGGCCUCUGGAGACUGAUGACAGGCUCCCGGAGGUGCCCACGAUGACUUUUUCUCCCCGGUGCCUCACCCUAGCCUGGUGGAGCGCAGCACUGCCUGAAAGCCUUUCUGUCUCAUCGGGACACCUGGGAGCGAGAAAGGGCCAACGGAAAAAUAAAUUCAUACGCCUUUUUGUGAAUCUGUAGCCUGCCCUCAGCACUCAUCCUAAAGCCAAACCCUGAGACGUGGGGCAAAUUUAUCGCCAAGUUUUGGGCAUGUGUGAACUUUCAGGUGUUAAUUACUGUUCAGGAUUUUCUUAUGGAAAGUGCAUGCGAAGUCCUUAGAUCACCCUGGCUGGCGCUGAAGGCCCGCAGUGAGUAGCCCUGGAGUGGGAAUAAUCAGUAUGUUUGCCCCAUGCUCUGGGAGCAACUCCCUGUAAACCAGGGAGGCGGACCUUAACCUCUGCAAGCUGGAGGGCGACUUGAGGACUGAAGAGUAGCUGAGAGUGUUUAGAUGGGCUUCAGCAGGGACCCAAGGAUUUCCACCGAAAGUCAUGCAAAAUAGUACUGUCUGCAAGCAUGCAGACUGGCCCAGCCCCACCAGGUAGCAGAGCUGGAAAGCCGCUGUGGGAGCCACAACAGGUCCGCCCCCACACUCUAAAAUCCCUGAGCUCUCCAUGGUGAAGACCAGCUCACCAGCAAGUGCUUUACUCUUAUUCCAUUAAGGAAUGGUUGACAGUUUUCUGGUUGUAAUCAAAAUGAAACAAUGCAAAGAAUAAAGUGAUGUGUUACAAUCAGAGCAAUUGUAGCAGUUAACUUUAAUAAUGUGCUUUAUCAAUUUAAUAUAGCAUGCAGAAAUUACCCAUGAAUUGCCGCUUGGAAAUAUUUCAUGAUUCUUUGUACUUUUGAGUUAUUUUUAGUAACAGUGCACUAAUGGGAAGACUGUAAUAAAAUAAUAUGUGGCCCUCAGUAAAGAGGUUUCUUAACGAAGCUGUGGCCCUGUGGGAGGCUCUUAGUGCUAAUGCCUGAUGGCUUUUCUCCUGAAUGGUAUUUAUCUCUUUGUUGGAUUUAUCUGAUCAUUUCAUUGAUGAAGUGUCUCCAGGAAAUAUUGCAAGUAUUUUUAGAAAAUGGAUGCCCUUACCCACUAAUUUAUCUUGGGAUAGCUCCUAAGAGAUUGCUGGAACAGUAGAUGGAGCAUAAAACUGUUGAAAAUGAGGGAAUGUCUUAUCUGCUGACCAAACUAAUGGUGCACUGCUUUUGGGUUUAAUGUCCAGUGUGGCUUAAUUCAUUACAGCAUUGGAACAACUGAUACUUCACUAUUUCAAUAAAGAAAAGAAUCGCACAGCUUGAA